GCUGCUAUAUGGCAAGCACUUAACCACUACGCCUACCGCGAUGCAGUGUUCCUUGCAGAGCGAUUAUAUGCAGAAGUACAUUCAGAAGAAGCACUGUUUUUACUGGCAACGUGUUACUACCGCUCAGGAAAGGCCUAUAAAGCAUACAGGCUCCUAAAGGGACACAGCUGUACUACCCCACAAUGUAAAUACCUGCUUGCAAAAUGUUGUGUUGACCUCAGCAAGCUUGCAGAAGGAGAGCAGAUCUUAUCUGGUGGAGUGCUGAAUAAACAGAAAAGCCAUGAUGACAUUGUUAUGGAGUUUGGUGACUCUGCAUGCUUUACACUCUCCUUACUGGGACAUGUCUACUGCAAGACAGACCGGCUUGCCAAAGGAUCAGAAUGUUACCAAAAGAGCCUUAGUUUAAAUCCUUUCCUGUGGUCCCCUUUUGAAUCACUAUGUGAAAUAGGUGAAAAACCAGACCCUGACCAAACAUUUAAGUUAACAUCUUUACAGAACUUCAGCAGCUGUCUGCCUAACACUUGCACAACGUUGGUAUCUAAUCACAACAUAUCUCACAGACAGCCUGAAACUGUCCUUAUGGAAACGCCGCAAGACACAAUUGAGUUGAACAGAAUCAACCUUGAAUCCUCCAAUUCAAAAUAUUCCUCCUUGAACACGGAUUCUUCUAUGUCUUACAUUGACUCAGCUGUAAUUUCACCAGAUGCUGUCCCUCUUGGGUCAGGAACUGCCAUAUUGUCUAAACAGGCUCAAAAUAAACCAAAAACUGGGCGGAGUUUACUGGGAGGACCUGCGGCUUUGAGCCCACUAACUCCAAGCUUUGGAAUUUUGCCACUAGAAACCCCAAGCCCUGGAGAUGGAUCUUAUUUACAAAACUACACAAACUCCUCUUCUGUAAUUGAUGUGCCAUCCACAGGAGCACCUUCAAAGAAGACUGUCAGCAGGAUAAGCCAAGCUGGAACAAAAUCUGUCUUCUCACAGAGUGGAAAUAGCCGGGAAGUCACUCCAAUUCUUGUUGCACAAACACAGAGCUCUGGCCCACAGACAAGUACAACACCUCAGGUACUGAGCCCAACAAUUGCUGCUCCACCAAAUGCACUGCCUCGAAGAAGCUCUCGCCUGUUUACUAGUGAUAGCUCUACAACAAAG